AUGUACUUCGUCACUCUGCCCCCAGUGGCUCACCGAGCUGCGGGACGCCGCCAAAGAGAAGGGCCUGAAGCUGCAGUACGUCUACCAGAAGGUCCAGACGCUCCGAUCCACUCUCUCCCUGAAGGAGCGCCCCCUGCUGGCCGACAGGACAACAACAGCCUGGAUCCACCCAGAAAGAAGAAUGCAGCCGGGGAUCAAGGGAAAAACAAAGGGGGGAGGAAGAAGAGGGAGUACGUACCCCAGAGACGGUCUGGAGGCUACGCUGUUCUGCUCACACUUUACAGAGUGUCUCAGAUCCCAGGCAGCAAAGGCUACAUGUUUAAGAUGGAGCUCCAAGCAGAAGCUCAGCAGCUCUGCGAUAAGUCCUUCUCUGUGCCAGAUCUGGGCAGUAAGUACACGGCCUGGUCUUCAGUGAGCACUCUGAUCCAGAAGAACCUGAUGAUGAAGACCCACAACCCUGCAAGGUAUUCUCUGACAGAAGAGGGUCUGGCUUUAGGGGAGCGCCUCGAGUCUUUAGAGGGAACUAAAGGUCCAGAAGGAGACAGAGAGGAGGCCAGGAGUGAAGGAAACGAGCAGGAGGAGGGAGAAGAAGGUGGCCCGGGGAUUGUGGACCUCACUGUUAGUGAUGAUGACGAAGAGGAGAAGGAAGAGGAGAGAAUACAACCUACAGAGAGGCCGACCUCCUCUGCUUCCCAGCCGAGGGUUCUCGUUCCUGGGAUGUUCUUUUCAGGGAAACCCCGAAAUGUACCGAGCAGAAACCCAAAGUCCUGGAGUCUCCUUCCCGGCUCCUACGAGAUCAUCCUCUGUGUGGACUUCAUUGAGACAACGGGCGGAAGCAAAAACUGCAAGCAGGAUCUGGUCAAAGAGCUGCAGAGGAACGGAGUGACGUUCGAUGUGAGGAAGCUCAACGUGGGAGAUUUCCUGUGGGUCGCUCGGGAAAAGGUUGCGCCUAUUCCAGGUCAGUUGCGGACCCCCGUUGGCCGUGAGCUCGUCCUGGAUUACAUCAUCGAGAGGAAGAGGAUGGACGACCUGUGCGGCAGCAUCAUCGACGGGCGCUUCAGGGAACAGAAGUUCCGUCUGAAGCGCUGUGGUCUGCGUAACCCCUGCUACCUGGUGGAGGAGUGUGGGAAGGCUGCCUCUCACCUGAGUUUACCUGAGUCCACGCUGCAGCAGGCCAUCAUCAACACACAGAACUGUACGCUGACGUGUCGCUCCAGAGAGCUGGAG